CAUCUUUGAUCUGGUGGAGUUAUUACUAUGAGCUAAGCUCACCCUUCCGAACUGAAAAAAAUUAUGGACAAGAAGUUAUCAUUAAAAUUAAAUGGUGGCAGACAUGUCCAAGGAAUAUUGCAGGGGUUUGAUCCCUUUAUGAAUCUUGUGAUGGAUGAAUGUAUGGAGAUGGCAACUAGUGGACAACAAAACAAUAUUGGAAUGGUGGUAAUACGAGGAAAUAGUAUCACCAUGUUAGAAGCCUUGGAAUGAGUAUAAAUAAUGGCUGUUCUGCAGAGAAAUCCAUGUCCCGUCUCCAAUGAGCCUGUUUUACUAUGAUGUCAAAAUCUAGUCUUGUACAUUUUCAUAUUCAACUUUUUGUUAAAUAAACUUUUCUAAUAG